UGCAUAUCUAGAAUGUGUGAUGGAUUCUGAAGGUGCUAGUGACAAUGUGUGAGCGGUGAGAGGAACUAACGCGCGAUGUGGCGCGCACUCGUCUGUGUGCUGGUCGCUGCGGCGGCGGCCGAGCACGUCCGCGAGUUCACCAUACGAGAAAACGCACGCGCCGGAACAUUCGUCGGACACCUUGGCGACGAGCUGCCCGAUGCUGCCCCACCUUACACUAUUGUUCCUGUGCCGGGAAGUGCAGUCAACGAUGACUUAAAAAUCGACCCCCAAACCGGUGAAAUAAGGACGCGAGUACCGUUAGACAGAGAAAACAGAGACCAUUACGCCUUAGUCGCAAUCCCCGCUAGCGGUGAUAAUAUCCGCGUUGUGGUUCGCGUUUCCGAUGAAAACGAUAAUGCUCCAACGUUUCCAACGGCGGUAAUGAACGUAGACUUUUCAGAAAACACGCCUAGAGACGUUAAGAGGAAACUUAAUCCGGCUAAAGAUCAGGAUUUAGGAAUAUUUAACACUCAACGAUACAAUAUUGUGUCGGGGAACACGGACAACGCGUUUCGUCUAUCUUCUCACAGAGAACGCGAUGGAGUGCUGUAUUUGGAUCUCCAAAUUAAUGGAUUUCUCGACAGAGAAACGACGGACCACUAUGAAUUAGUUAUUGAAGCAUUAGAUGGAGGUACACCGCCGUUGAGAGGCACUAUGACUGUAAAUAUAACUAUUUUAGAUGUAAAUGAUAACCCGCCAGUAUUCGCUGAAAGUGCCUAUUCCGCGGUGAUACCUGAAAAUGCAACAGUUGGUACGUCAGUGUUAAAAGUGUUUGCGACUGAUUUAGAUGCAGGAGAAAACGGCUUGAUAGAAUAUUCAAUUAAUCGGAGACAAAGUGACAAAGAAAACAUGUUCAAAAUAGAUUCAGAGACUGGAGAAAUAACUGUAAAUAAAGCUUUAGAUUUUGAAACCAAAGAGCUACAUGAGUUGGUUGUUGUUGCGAGAGAUAAAGGCGCUCAGCCUUUGGAGACAACAGCAUUUGUUUCUAUUCGAGUGACUGAUGUUAAUGAUAAUCAACCAACAAUAGAUGUAAUCUUUUUAAGCGAUGAUGCGACUCCAAAAAUAUCUGAAUCAGCUCAAUUAGAUGAAUUUGUAGCGAGAAUAUCCGUCCAAGAUCCUGAUUCAAAAACGGAAUAUUCCAACGUAAAUGUUACGUUGACUGGUGGUGAUGGACAUUUUGAUUUAAGAACUCAUGAUAAUAUUAUAUAUUUAGUUGUAGUAGCCUUACCGUUAGAUAGGGAGCAGCAAUCGUUGUAUACGCUGAACGUUGUUGCUACAGAUAAGGGUUCUCCACCUUUACAUGCCUCCCGAGAAAUCAGUCUGAAAGUAACCGAUGUCAAUGAUAACCCACCUAUUUUCGUAGAGAGCGAAUACAAAGCGAACGUCCCAGAAGCGGCAGCUCCUGGUACGCCUAUUAUUCAAGUCUCCGCGACAGAUUUAGACGAGGGCGAGAAUUCGGAGAUAAGAUACUCUUUACUUCCAACACCACAGUCAGAUUGGUUCGCGAUAGACGAGAGAUCAGGUUUAGUGACGACCCAAGCGCGUGUUGAUUGUGAAACGAAUCCGAUGCCAAAGUUAACAGUGGUAGCUAGCGAUCGUGGUAACCCGCCGUUGUCGUCAACGGCGACGCUAAUAGUGACAGUGUUAGAUGUGAACGACAACGAGCCGAUAUUCGACCAGUCCUUCUACAACGUGACGGUGUCAGAAAAUGAAGCUAUUGGCAGCUGUAUUUUAAAGAUGUCAGCGAUGGACCCCGACUGCGGAGUCAACGCCAUGGUCAACUACACGCUCGGAGAAGGCCUGGCGAGACCCCAGUUCUCUGUUAAACCUGACACUGGAGAGCUCUGCGUGUCAGCUCCCCUGGACCACGAAGUCAUCAGUGACUACGAGUUCCCAGUUAUAGCAACUGAUAGAGGGGGCCUGUCGACGACCGCAAUGGUGAAGAUUCAACUCAUCGAUAUAAACGACAACGUCCCAACGUUCAACGUGAAAGAUUACAACGUUUCUCUGAAAGAAGGCAGAGCUUCUAGUGCAGAUCCCAUUGUCGCCGUGACGGCUAGCGACGCGGAUUCGGGAAGAUUUGGCACCGUAACAUACAGGAUCGUAAACGGUAACGACAACGACGUGUUCCGGAUAGACAGAAGUAGUGGAGAAAUAUUUGUGACGAAGCCAGCGCUGAUCCACGCCAAUGGAAAGUUCGAUUUGGAAAUAUCCGCGACGGACGGUGGUGGACUCACGGCUCCGCAAGCAGCCGUAGUUCACGUAAAUGUCAUGCCUGCCGGGAUCGGAUCGGCGCUUUUUGAUAAGCCUCGGUACAAUUUUCGAGUUAGAGAAGACGUCCGCAGCGGAACCAUUGUUGGAAACCUGAAGGCAACAGCUGAAGAUAGAGGUAAACAACUAGUGCGCUAUAGUAUUGUAUCUGGAGACAGCCAUCUUUUCGCCAUUGAACCACACACUGGAACAAUAAAAACUACAAAUCAAUUGGAUCGAGAAACGAGUGCAUCAUAUCUACUGAACGUCCACGCUGCUAUAGGAAACUCCGCCAGCUAUGACCAAACCCAGGUGCAAAUAACUCUGGAAGAUGUGAACGACAAUGCUCCGGAAUUCGGGACAUCGUCAGUAAGGGUGUCCGUAGCUGAAUCUGCUCCGAUCGGCUCUGUGGUAUAUGCUGCACGAGCAACUGAUCAGGACGAUGGGAAAAACAGUCAAAUAACAUACCACCUUGUUUCGGCUACAGGGCCUCCUAACACAUUUGCUGUUAAUCCUCAACAUGGUCUCGUCACAUUACUAAGGGCCUUGGAUUAUGAAAGUUUGGUUCGUCAUACCCUCAUCAUAUCCGCCAGGGAUGGAGGCGUUCCUCCCCUCAGCUCAAAUCUGACCCUUGUUGUGGACGUGCAAGAUGUCAAUGAUAAUCCACCUGUAUUUGAGCAUAGCACAUACAGUGUUAAUGUUCUUGAAUCGGAAAGUCUAAAAACAAAGAUUCUAGAAAUCCAGGCAAUAGACAAGGACACUGGAAACAAUGCACGUAUAACAUAUCGGGUCGUAUCAGAGAAUAAUACAAACGAAGAGCAUUUUAAAGUGGAACCGUCCUCAGGUUGGGUGUACCUCGCUAAGUUGCUCGACAGAGAGACGAUAUCUACACAUAAAAUGACAAUAAUGGCUACAGACAAUGGAAUCCCGCCACUGUCAGCGAGUGCCAGCCUUAUUGUCAACGUAGUAGAUGCUAAUGAUAAUGAUCCAGUUUUCUCGCAAACUACCUAUGAGUUUCAAGUUGAAGAGAAUCAACAUGCCGGUGCAUUUGUAGGCAAGAUAAUAGCGACUGAUGCAGAUUUGGGUGAUAACGCAGUACUAAGAUACAGCCUUUUUCCAUCGAAUACGAGUUUCAUUGUGGAUGCCAUAACGGGUGUUAUUACAACAAAACACGCUCUGGAUAGAGAAUAUAAAAGCGCCUACUCGUUGUUUGCUGAAGUUCGUGAUCAAGGCACACUUCCAAGAUCAAGUAGAGUACCAAUAUAUAUUAAAGUAUUGGAUGUAAAUGAUAACUCGCCUGAAAUUAUUGAUCCACGUGAAGACGUUGUCAGUGUUAGAGAAGAACAGCAGCCAGGUGCCGAAGUAGCUCGGGUUAAAGCAAUAGAUAGAGACAGUGGAGUUAAUGCGUCUAUAAAAUACUCCAUUUUAAAUGAAAGAGAUUUGGAUGGAUAUGGUGUAUUUGUGAUUGAUUCAACAACAGGAGUAAUAAAAACCAGUACAGUUCUUGAUCACGAAGAGAGAUCUAUUUAUCGACUAACCGUAGCAGCGACAGAUGGUGGCAAACCUCCAAGGCAAACAGUAAGACAACUGAAAGUUGAAGUUUUGGAUUUAAAUGACAAUCGACCAACAUUCACAAGUUCAAGCUUAACGUUCAAAGUAAAAGAAGAUGCAAAAAUCGGGGACAUUAUUGGCAUGGUGGCAUGUUAUGAAAAUGAUUUAAGUGACAACUUUAUAAGAAGCGAAGAAGAAAGACAGAUUUCAUACCUCCUUAUGCCUCUUACUUCGGAUCAUUUUACUGGCACUUUUGAAAUUGAUAGAAAAACUGGAUCUCUUGUUGUCGCCAGACAAUUAGAUCGAGAAAUUCAAGAUGAGUACAGACUUGAAGUAAGAGCAUUAGAUACAUCUGCUACUAAUAAUCCGCAAAGUAGUGCAGUUACGGUGAGGAUAGAAAUAAUUGAUGUCAAUGACAAUGCACCGGAGUGGUCAGAAGAUCCAAUAAAUAUCGAAGUUUCUGAGAGCAUACCAGUAGGCACGAUCAUAUACAACUUUACAGCUAAGGACGCCGAUGCGGGUGUAAAUGGUGAUAUAAGUUACUUUAUUAUAUCAAAUACACCGUCCAUAAAAACUACUUUUGGCUUAGAUCCCCUAACUGGAUCAUUAUCUUUGAUAUCUACUCUUGACUAUGAAUCUUUAAAAGAAUAUUGGAUAGUGGUAGAAGCUACAGAUUUAGCUACAAAUCAGUCGGAACGCUUAUCAACGUCAGUCACAGUUCACAUAUCUGUAACAGAUGCAAACGACAAUACUCCUAAGUUUGUAUCGUCUAAUAAAAUUUCUGCAACAUUAAACAAUUUAUCUGGGAUUAUCUACCAAGCUUUGGCAGUAGAUAGAGAUUCUGGAGAUAAUAGCCAGAUAUCGUACUAUAUAUCAGGAGGAAAUGAACAAUCAAUAUUUUCAAUUGACUAUGACAGUGGUAAAUUGACACUAUCUAGAAAAUAUAUAACAGAACAAAAUAAAAUAAGGCCAGGUCAAUAUAAACUAAAUUUAACCGCUUCCGAUCACGGAACCCCUUUCGCAAGACGAAGUCAUAUGACCUUAAUUAUUGAUUUACACGAAUCAAAUAAUAUACCACCUAGAUUUAGUGACACAAUUUAUAAAGCCAAUAUAAGUGAAGAUAUUCGGCCAGGCAGUUUCGUCACCAGACUAUCUGCAGUAUCUUCUAAGGGUAAUCUAGGAAAUUUAAGUUACUAUAUACCAGAAGGAGUAGUGGAUGGCAAAUUUGAAAUAGACGCGAAACUUGGCACAUUAACUGUAACGAACAAAUUAGAUAGAGAAGAAAAAGACUACUAUAUGUUUCCAGUGUACGUCACGGAUACAACAACUUUCCAGUCCAUUGCAAAUUUUGAUGUAGCGACAGUUUUAAUCAACGUUCUUGACGUUAACGAUAAUCCACCAAGCUUCAAGAGUGGCUCGUGUUACACAUUGACUGUGCCUGAGAAUAAUGAACCAGAAAUUAUUCACACAGUAACGGCUAUAGAUCAAGAUAUUGGUGCUAAUGGAGUAAUAACCUACAGUAUUAUCUCUGGAAAUAAUGGAAACAAAUUUUCUAUCGACGCAACUACUGGAAAGCUGACAGCAAAAACUUUGGACAGGGAAACUCAAGCUAGAUACGAUCUCACUAUUUCAGCCUUUGAUCACGGCUCACCUAUAGCAUUACAAGGGUCUUGUAAUUUAACAAUUGUCGUUGAAGAUCAAAAUGACAAUGAUCCCGUAUUUGACACUGCCCAUUAUUCAUCAGCAAUUCCAGAAGACUCCCCAAUUGAUACAUCUAUUGUUAAAGUAAGAGCUACAGAUGCUGACUUAGGACUGAAUAAAAGAAUAGUUUACUCACUAGCGAAUGAGAGUCAAGGUCUUUUUAGAAUAGAUAAUAAAAGUGGAAUCAUAUAUACAACGGGAUACUUCGAUAGAGAAAAAGUGGGCAAAUACCAAUUUGAUGCAGUCGCAACUGAUCAAGGACGUUACUUAGCCAGAUCCCAAAAGGUCCCAGUAGAAGUUACCAUAAUUGAUGUAAACGACAACAAACCUAUUUUCAAAAAAUUUCCAUUCAAGGAACAAAUUGCAACUCUUACUCCUCCUGGGCAAUGUUUACUUACCGUGUCAGCAACCGAUAAUGAUGUGGGAAUUAAUGCAGAAAUUUUGUAUGAGCUAGUAGAUACUUCUUUUCACAAGUUUCGGAUUAACCCAACGACUGGAGCAUUAACAGCUACACAAAGCUUAGCCAGUGAAAAUGGGAAACUCAUACAUUUGCAAGUGAUAGCAAAAGAUAAGGGUAAUCCUCCACAAAGCACUAUAGGUCUAAUUGAACUGCGAGUAGGUGACUUUUUUGAUCAGAAUCUUAGCUUGAAUUUUCAAUAUCCGCUUUAUAAUGUUACCCUAGACGAAAAUCUUCCGUAUGGCAAAGAAGUAAUACAAGUUAUAGCGUUAAGAAACGAUGGUAGAAGACAAAAAAUAUUUUAUGAAAUUGGCAGUGGUAACGACAAUUUUGCUUUGGAAAUAGAUUCAAACACUGGCGUCGUUAAAGUUAAUAAUUCAGCUGAUUUAGAUUUCGAAACAAAUCAGUCGCGACAUUUUGUUGUCAUAGCUCGAACUGAAGGGUCGCCACAACUUUAUGGGUAUUGUGAUAUUAUAAUUAAUUUGAUAGAUCAAAAUGAUCAUGCGCCUAGAUUCAAACAACAACAAUAUAUGGCUAAUGUUUUGGAAGGAAAUGCUAAAGGCGAAUUUGUGGUACAACUAGCUGCAACUGAUGAGGAUCAAGGAGCCAACGCCAGAAUAUUAUAUCAUAUUGUAGAUGGAAAUCAUGAUAAUGCUUUUAUAAUUGAACCUGCCUUCUCUGGUUCUGUGAAAACAAAUAUAGUUUUAGACAGAGAAAUACGUGAAAGCUAUAAAUUAACUGUAAUCGCAACGGAUGAAGGAAACCCACAAAUGACCGGAACCGCUACGUUGCGAAUCAACAUAGUGGAUGUCAAUGACAACCAACCUACGUUUCCGCCGCCAAGAACCAUCUCAGUAUCAGAAGGAGCGGAAAUCGGGUCUGUGCUUACAUCUGUUACUGCAAAUGAUGUCGACACGUUCCCGCCUUUGAAGUAUGCGAUUCUUCAAGGAGAUAACACGUUUUCUAUAGACAGAUAUAGCGGAAAGGUUGUCUUGAAUAAGGAACUGGACUUUGAAAACGUGAACUUGUAUCAAAUAAAUAUUACUGCGUCUGAUAACGAGCAUGUUGCCAAAACGACGCUAACAAUAAAAGUUAAUGAUAUAAAUGAUAAUUCCCCUAUUUUCGACGAAGUAUUUUACAACAGAGUUUUACCAGAAGGCAAUGGCAUCCUUGAAGUUGGUGCAGUGAACGCUAAAGAUAAGGACAGUGAUGAUAACGGAAAAAUCACCUAUCAUUUCUUGCAAGACGCAGCUGGAUAUUUGAUUGAUGAUGUCUCCGGAGUAGUGUACGUUAAUUAUAGUGCUUUACAAGGAAACCAAAGAGACACACAUCUUGCAAUAACUGCCACUGACCAUGGUAUGCCAAGUAAAAGUUCUGUUACAUCAAUGCGCAUAAGCACUGGUGCGACGUCAGAAAUACAACCAUUUAUGGGACAAAAUUCAUACAAAAUAAGUGUCAACGAGGAUGUAGAAGAAGGCUCAACGCUUCUUCAAAUUGGCGGCGUUAACGACUUCUUGAAAACAUACAAUUUGAAUUUCCAAAUUAUAUCUGGAAAUGAUGGUGAUAUUUUUGAUAUAACACUAAAUGGUGCCUUGAUGUUAUUGAAAAAAUUGGACAGAGAAGCACAGGAUACUUACAUAUUAGGAUUAGCUGCAGUGGAAAAAGAAAAAAUAUUAACACACAAUCGGAACAAAACUUCGGUUACAAUAUAUAUUACAGUGACGGAUGCUAAUGAUAAUGCUCCAAUAUUUUCGGUUGGCGAUUUAGAAUUGCCUUUGAGUGAAAAUAUAAAUGUAGGACAUGUUAUCACUCAUUUGACAGUAACGGAUGCCGAUCAAAGCGGUACACCUAAUGCUGCGAUUGUUUUUAACAUCACAUCUGGCGACGAUGAAAAUUUAUUUUACAUUAAUCCAUCGACGGGCGCUUUAACCGUUAAUAAAUCACUUGAUUAUGAUAUUGGUAACACAAAAUAUAAACUGGUAAUUGUUGCUUGUGACCAAGGUGAACCUAGUCUAUGCAACGCUAUUUAUAUUGUAAUAGAUUUAUUAGAUGAAAAUGACAAUGAGCCAGUAUUUCCUGUAAGUGAAUAUUUUGAAACCAUCGGUGAAAAUGAACGAACAGGAACUUCUAUUUUCACAGCAAGAGCUACUGACCUUGACAAAGGUCAAUAUGGAAAAUUAAAUUAUACAAUUUUACCGCCUAUCAACAUAAACAGAAACGAUGACUCGUGGAAGAUGUUUCAAAUAGAUACAAUAACAGGCCUUGUGAAUAACAAUGCUGUUUUCGAUUACGAACAAAAGAAUAAAUAUGAAUUUUCCAUAAAAGCUUCUGACAUUGGUGGAAAAAGUUCUACAAUUAGAGUUAAAAUUGAUAUUGAAAGUAGAGACGAAUUUUAUCCUCAAUUUACCCAAAAAACAUACAAUUUUGGCAUUCCAAAGUCAGGUGUACUUCCUGCUGGCUAUGUCAUAGGACAAGUUACAGCUACAGAUCGAGAUAAAGGAAUUGAUGGUCGAAUAGUGUAUCAGCUAUCUACGUCUCAUUCUUACAUCAAAAUAAAUAGAACAACUGGAAUCAUUAUUUUAAAGAAAAAGGUCGAUUCAUUACAAAAUUUAUUCAGCACUGAUAAAUCUAUAAGUUUAGUUGUGACGGCUAGUUCUGGCCGGCAAGGUUCACUUACUAAUAAAACUGCUGUUGAAAUACUGUUGGAUCCUUUAGCUGUCAUAUCAGAUCACACAAACCAAUUGAGUAAUGCUACAAUAGCACAAAGCACAGGUUUAUCUGAUUGGGCUUUAGGAUUGCUUAUUGCCUUUAUAUUCAUAAUCAUUAUUUUUGCUGCUGCAUUUUUAUUUUUACACAUGAAAAACAAACGUCAUAAGAAUGUAAACAAACCUAACUUAAGCUCUGAGGGUGUCACUAACAACUACGUUGAUCCUAGUGGAUUUGACACUAUUCCAAUUAGAAAUACUGGAACUGGAUCGGCUAAUCAGUUUGCACCACCCAAAUAUGAUGAAAUCCCACCAUAUGUCGCUCAUACAGCCAGCUCAAAUUCAGGUGCCGCAACAACAUCUGAACUCUCAGGGUCAGAACAGUCCGGAUCUUCGGGUCGUGGAUCCGCUGAAGAUGGUGAAGAUGGUGAGGAUGAAGAAAUCAGGAUGAUAAACGAAGGCCCCUUACAAAGAGAAUCAGGAAUUCAUAGACAAUCCAAGGGAGUUGACGAUGAUAAUCUUUCUGAUGUAUCUGUCCACAAUACUCAAGAGUACUUAGCACGCUUGGGAAUAGUUGAUACUGGUACUGGGGGUGGCGCAUCAACCUCCUCCAGAAGAUGUUCAGAAAAUGUUGCAAAUAAAGAUAACAUUUUACAUCAUGGCCCUAUAGAUUCUAUGCACAUGUUCGAUGAAGACGGUACUCAUGAGAACGAUAUAACUAAUUUAAUAUACGCUAAACUUAAUGAAGUAACUGGCAGUGAAAGAGCAAGUAGUGCGGACGAAACAAGUGCCACAGCCGAUAGAGCAAUGGCUUUAGGUGCUUUUCCCAGUGCUCCAGGAGAAAAUACUGCUGUACCUACAGCUGGGCCCUCUAUGACAGGAAGCUUGAGCUCUAUAGUACACUCCGAGGAAGAACUAACAGGAAGCUAUAACUGGGAUUAUCUGUUAGAUUGGGGGCCGCAGUACCAACCUCUAGCACAUGUAUUUUCUGAAAUAGCCCGGUUAAAAGACGAUGCUGUAUCGCUACAAAGCGGCAAUAGUGGCGCAUCCAGUAUCAAGAGUAAAGGCACGUCUAUUUCAGGAGGUAAAAGCGUGCCUCCGCCUUUGCUAACAACCGUAGCGCCCAGAAGUUGUCCGGUCCCAUCAUUAUCGUGCAGGCAACCUCAACAUUUGUUACCAAGAUCGCCUAUAAGUCAUGAUGUUCCUGGCGGGUUUUCCGCAGCUGCUAUGUCGCCGUCAUUUUCACCUUCAUUAUCUCCUUUAGCGACGAGAUCGCCUUCUAUGUCCCCGUUAGUAGGACCAGGGCUACCGCCUACUACAAAUAGGAAACCUCCACACUCGACGAUGAGGAUAUAAAAAUGUAAUAUAAAAAAUUGUGUACAUAUUGAAAUAAUGACGUUUUUGCCUGUUAGGUAUUGUUUUAGUAUAUUUAUUACCGAUUUGAUCGGUUUAGUUUCUUUGAAUUUUUAAUGUCAUUUUGUGUAUGUUACUCGACCUAUGUCUUUAUAUGCACAAAGUGAUUGUAAGCGCUUAUUACCGAUUUUACGGUAAAUGUAAAUAUUGUCUUCAUUCGGGUUAUAACUUUAAUCUGUAAAUAUAAAUAUGUAUAUUGUAGUGCCUUGUAAAAACAAAUGAAGACUGCCAUGUAAUUAUAAAUGUAACUCAAAACAGCUUUAGUAAGCUAUAAGGUAAUCCUAAGUAUUAUAAAUAUACAAUGUAUCAAUAAUUAUUAUAAAUCAAGGUGUCCAGUUUGUGUAUUUAAAUAUUUUCCGUCCUUGUAUUUAAAAUAAAUUUUCUUCAAGUCAAUAUUGUCUCAUAGCAUUCAUGUAAACGUUUUAAAUGUAGGUACUGUAAAAAAUGGAGACAAAAAUAAUCUUGAAUUGCGAGGUUGGGUUACGUUUACAAGCCAUUUACCGGAGCCCCAUGACCCUAC